AGAAGCGGAGGAUGUGGCUCGAACAUUCCGGCGGCCGCUGGAGGAGGAGACGGAUGGCCCCAGGUGUGAGUGCAGACCUCAGGCGAGCCCGCGGCGCAGUAACAGUGAGUAGCGGGCGGGACCGGGUAGCUGCGGAGUCCGGGGGAGCCGGGCAGCGGGGGCGCCGCGGGGGUAAUGGGGGCGAUGCGGCCGGAGCCGGGACGGCCAAGUGGGUCGUAGCGCUCUCUGCCCGCUUCCGCCGCCGCAGCUACCCGGCCCGCGCCGCGGCCCCUCCGCUCGCCCCGACACCGGCUGUGCAAUGCCAGCAAGAGGACUGUGCACGUAUUCUUUUAGACCAUGGUGCCGAUCCCAAUGUGAGUGACAUCUAUGGCAACACUGCUUUACACUAUGCAGCUUGUGGUGAGUGUGUAACAACAGUGGCACAGCUCCUUUCGCACAACGCAGACAUCGAGGCGAACAACAAGGAAGGCUUCACACCACUUUUGCUUGCUAUAAGGCAAGGAAAGCAUGAAAUGACAAAGUAUUUGUUAACUAAAGGAGCAAAUGUACAUGCUGUUGAUAAGAAAAAAAGAACAACACUCAUGCUUGCUAUAGAUAAUGGAUCAACAGUUAUAGCCAGGCUGCUUCUUCGGCAAGAUAUUGAUGUCCUUUCAGAAGAUACCCUUGGAUGGACUGCCAAAAAUUAUGCUCGUAAGAGAGGUUUGAAUACCAUUUGGCAACUAAUUGAUAUGUACAAAGUGGACAAGGGAAUUAAAAAUUCUUCUCAAAAUAAUCGAAACUCUUCUCCAGGUUCGGACUCUCCUGGUAUCACUGUCAGUGAUGUGUCCAGUCAAACACCUGGGAAUCUGAAAACUGAAGGUUCGGAUGAAAAAUAUCACAUCGAGCCUGCCACAGAAGCAAAAGACUCUGUCGGCUAUAAAAGAGUAGCAGAGAAGGCAACACAAACAUCCGGAGCAGGUUCAGACUCUCCUAGCAUCACUGUCAGUGAUGCGUCCAGUCAGACUUCUGGGGAUCUGAAAACUGAAGAACAAGACUUCAUAAUGAUGUCAAAAAAAGAAGAAGAACGGCCUGAUGGAAGUGACCAUAACCACCCACAGCUUUCUAAAGCUGAAGGUAAAGUCAGUAGCCUGGAAAUUGAGCUGAGUCACACCAGAGAUGCCCUUAGAGAAAAGACUUUGGACUUAGAAAGUGUGGAAAGAGACCUAAGCCACAUACGCUGUCAAAAGAAGAACAUUGAACACAAGUAUGAGAACAAACAAGAUAAACUGAAUAAAUACAUCAGAAAGCAGGAGUUCUUAGAAAAGAGAUUAUCUCAACUACAAAGUGAAAAUGAGUUGCUCCGACAGCAACUGGAUACUGCUCAGAACAAAGCUAAAAAUGAACUCCAAACUGAAAGGGAAAAAUGUCUUACCCUAGAAGGAAGGAAUAAAGAAUUACUCGACGAUUUUAAUCAUCUCAAAGAAAGAAUGAAUCAAGGUGAAAAUGAGAAAAGAGAACUAGAAGUACUUGUGAGACACCAACUCCAACAAGAAUGGGCUGACAUGGAAAUACAACGAAUUGAGUCAGAGAGUUUGCUAGAAGCUACCUCCUACUAUACCAUUGAGAGACAGGACUUAAAGAAGAAAUUAAAUCAAGCCCUAAGUCAGGUUGUUGAUCUUUCAAGAAAACUGGAAGUUUCAUCUUCAGAAGUCAGAAACCUUAAAACUCACCUGGCAAGGAUUUCACUGGAACACAAUAAGUUGGAACAGUACAGACGGGACACUGAAGAAAGAGCAAGACAGAAAACAGGAGAAAAAUUAAAAGAAGUAGAUUGGUUUUUACAGGAUGAAGCACAAAAGAGAUUACAGCAGUGGAGAGAGAAGGAUAAUUCUUCAUUUAGAAUGCAAAUGGAACUCAGAAUUAAAGAUCUCGAGUUUCAGCUCUCCAAAAAAACUUCUCAAGAUUCCAUUACAGCUGAAUUGGAGAAAUAUAAACAAUUACACAGAGAAGAAGUAAAUACCAGCCUGUCAUUGGCAAAUCAACUAGACAAGACUACUGAGAGGUUAGCAGAGAUCAAUAGCAAACGUAGAGAGAAGGAAAUGGACACAUUCUUUGCCAAGAUGGAGCAAGAAUUUGACAAAAAUAUAACUAGAGCACUAAAAGAAGAUGCUGCUAAAUUUGAAUUUGAAUCCUCUAUAGCUGCUCCUUUAGGAUCUAUGGAUGGGUUAACUCCAACUCAAGCUCUACUUUUGAAGACGUCACAGGAAUAUGCACAGAUUUUGAGGAAAAACUAUAUGAUCUGAAAGAAAUGUAAAAUGUACUUGUCUGAUGGAGGGGGGAAAAGAUGGCUGGCAAUGAGAGAACUGAGGCAGAAACCACCUCCCAAAACCACAUGUAAUGAAAAUACAGCAAAUACCACUAAUCCUAAAAGAGUGACCCAGAAGACUGCAACACACUACCUACAUCUGGGGAAAAGAAAAGACCUUAAAGAAAAGGAUAAAGUAGCAAACUCAGCCCAGCAGGUUAGGAACAUUCAGGACCAUCAGAUGCUCCAUCCCCCUGGCUGGCAGUGCAGUGCUAAGGCCCCCCACUGUGAUAUGCAGCCUGCCACUCAUUCCUCCCAGCAGGCAUGAGUCCGCACAGCUGAUGCCACCACCAUUGCACCAGGUCACGUGGAGGGCAGCCCCACCUAGGGUACUUACAGGGGCAUAACACAGAGGUUCCUACCUCCAUUUUCAAUGUACUGGACCUGGCAGUGGAUGCAGACACUGCAGCCAGGUAGCAUUUUCAUGCUACCAAAAGAGCUUUUCCUCGUGGCAGGUACCAGCACUGCGUACCUGUGACCCCACCAUCACUCCAGGUGCUGGAUAGCUCCAGAGAGUAGAGCUGGGCACUAGAGGGUGCCACUUACACAAAGGUAUUGUUUCAUAGUCAUCAUCAGAAUUAUGAAACAGCAAAAGAAUUUUGUACAAACCAGGAUACCUCAAACACCAGAAAGAGGGCUCAGUGAAACUGAAGUCACCAAUCUUCUUGAUUAAGAUUUCAAAAUAAAAAUCAUAAACAUGCUCACAGAGCUACAGAAAAAUAUUCAAGAUCUCAGGGACAACUUCAAGAGAGAGAGAAAUAUGAAAAAUACAGUAUCUGAAAUGAAACACACACUUGAGGGAUUUAAAAGCAGAUUAGAAGAGGAGAUGGUCAAUGGAACAGGAAUUAGAGAACAGGAAUAUAAAGAAGUUGAGGCAAAGAGAGAAAAAAAGUUCUAGGAAUGAAAGAAUAAUAAGACAACUCUGCAACCAAUCCCAAUGGAAUAAUAUUCGCAUUACAGGGGUAUCAAAAUAAGAAGAAGAGAAAAGAAGAAAAUGUAGCUUUGAGGAAAUACUGAAAACUUUCCCAGUCUAGGGAAGGAAAUACUCGCUCAAGCCAUGCAAGUGCAAAGAUCUCCAAACUCAAGGGACCCUAGUAAGACACCACCAAGCCAUAUAAUAAUUAAAAUGGCAAAGAUCAAGUACACGGACAGAGUAUUAAAAGAAGCCAGAGAGAGAAAAGAGAUCACAUACAAAGGAAGGCCCAUCAGGAUAUCAGCGCUCUUCUCAGCAGCAAACUUACACGCCAGAAAGGAGUAGCAUGACAUAUUUAAUGAAAUGAAACAAGGGCCUCCAACCAAGAAUACUCUCCUCGGAAAGAUUAUCACUUAAAUUUGAAGCAGGGAUUAAACAAUAUUCAGAUAAGAAAAACUUGAGGGAAUUUACCUUCCACAAACCAUCUCUACAGAAUAUUUUAAAGGGACUGCUCCAAAGGCUAAAUAGCUGUCAUGAGAGAAAAUAAAACCAUAGUAAAGGUAGUAGACCAAUUAAUUACUAAGGAAAUGCAAAAUUAAAUCAGUUACCCAAAAAUUCAGUCAAGGGAUACACAAAGAAUACAGGAUAUGACACCUAAAAUAAACAGAGUGGAGGAGGAAGAAAAAGAGGGGGAAAAAAAAGAACCUUUAGAUUAUGUUUGAACUACUGUAAUGAGCGAGUUAAACUUAGAAUGUUAGGUAGUAAAGAGGCUGCCCUUGAACCUUCGGUAACUGUGAAUCUAAAGCCUGCAAUGGCAAUAAGUACAUAUCUAUUGAUAAUAAUCCUAAAUGUAAAUUGACUGCACCAAUCAAAAGACACAGAGUUACAGAAUGGAUAAACAAGCAAGACCCAUCUAUAUGCUGCCUACAAGAGACUCGUUUCAAACCCAAAGACACACACAGACUAAAAGUGAAGGGAUGGAAAAAGAUAUUUCAUGAAAAUAAUAGGGAGAAAAAAGCAGGAGUUGCAAUACUUGUAUCAGAAAAAUAGACUUCAAAAACAAAAAAAAAGUAACAAGAGACAAAGAAGGACAUUAUGUAAUGACAAAGAGGUCAGUCCAACAAUAAGUUAUAACCACUACAGAUAUCUAUGUACUCAACAUAGGAACAUCCAAAUACAUGAAACAAAUACUAACAGAAUUAAAGGCUGAAAUAAAAUGCAAUGCAUUCAUUUUAGAAGAUUUCAACACUCCACUCACUCCAAAGGACAGAUCAACCAGACAGAAAAUAAGUGAGGAGACAGAGGCACUGAACACAUUAGAACAGAUGGACCUAACAGACAUCUAAGGACACUCCACCCAAAAGCAGCAGGAUACACAGCUUUCUCAAGUGCACAUGGAACACUUUCCAGAACAGAUCACAUACUAGGCCACAAAAAGAGCCUCAGUAAAUUCAGAAGAUUAAAAACAUGCCAACCAGCUUCUCAGACCACAAAGGUAUGAAACCAGAAAUUAUUCAAAGGAAAAAAAAAAAAAAACCACACUUCAUAAUGCUCCUUAUCUAAAGCUGAAUUGGGUUUUACUUAGAAUUGGAAUAAAGAUCUUACAAGUGUUUUGAGAGAGUUUUUUUAAUUCCUCAUUUAAAGCACUAAAUAUCGCUUAUCAAGGCUUCAAAUGGUCCUCAAUAGCUAGAGGCCUUUCAAAAAGCACACUUUUUUUUUUCCUGAGGCCUUUUAUGACCUCUAUGCCAUUUUUUAAAUUAUUUAUUAAUUUAUGUACUUAUUUUAUCACUGAUAUACAAUCUGAUGCUCAGGUUUCACAUGAGAAACAUUGUGGUUACUACCUUCCCUUUAUUAUCAAGUCCCCACCACAUACCCCAUUACAGUCACUGUCUAUCAGCAUAGUUAAAUGCCAUAGAGUCACUGCUUGUCUUCUGUGCUAUAUAUACUGCCUUCCUCAUGCCCCCCACUACAUUAUGUGUGCUAAUAAGCAUGAUGCCCCUUAAUCCCCUUAUCCCUCCCUUCCCACCCACCAUACCUAGUCCCUUUCCCUUUGAUAACUGUUAGUCCAUUCUUGGGUUCUGUGAGUCUGCUGCUGUUUUGUUCCUGCAGUUUUUGCUUUGUUGUUGUACUCCACAGAUGAGUGAAAUCAUAUGGUACUUGUCUUUCUCCACCUGGCUUAUUUCACUGACCAUAAUUCCCCCUAGCUCCAUCCAUGUUGUUGCAAAUGGUAGGAUUUGUUUUCUUCUUAUGGCUGAAUUGUAUUCCAUUGUGUGUAUGUACCACAUCCUUAUCCAUUCAUCUACUGAUGGACACCUAGGUUGCCCAUAUCUCGGCCAUUGUAAACAGUGCUGCGAUAAACAUAGGGAUGCAUAUGUCUUCUUGAAACUGUGAUCCUGUUUUCUUAGGAUAAAUUUCUAGAAGUGGCAUUCCUGGGUCAAAUGGUAUUUCUUUUUUUAGAUUUUUUGAGGAACCUCGAUACUGCUUUCCACAAUGGUUGAACUAAUAUACAUUCCCACCAGCAGGGUAGGAGGGUUCCCCUUUUUCCACAUCCUCGCCAGCAUUUGUUGUUUGUCUUUUGGCUGUUGGCCAUCCUAACUGGUGUGAUAUCCCAUUGUGGUUUUAAUUUGCAUUUCUCUGAUGAUUGGCGAUAUGGAGCAUCUUUUCAAGUGCCUGCUGGUCAUCUGAAUUUCUUCAAAAAUCACACCCUUAAAGCUCUGUAAAUCCUGUCUAAUCUUAACCCCAAGGAAAGGGCUGAGUUAACAGAAGUACUGUCUGAGGAUAGAAAAGUAUUUUGUGCAUAUAUUAUCAAGUGGCGCAAAAAAAAGUGCCAUGCCUCUUCAUUUAAAGAUUUAAGAUUUAAAUAUUUAUUUACUUUGUAAUCGAUAGUUGCCGGAGUCCAGGGGUGUGUGUGAGGCCCAAAAGGAUGAGACAGUGUCAGUGCACGGAGAGACAGGACACAGAGUCAGAUGGAGGUGGUCUCUCAACAAAGUGCCAAUGACAGCUUUAUUUAUACCAUUUUGCACAAGGAUAUGAUUAUUUUUUAUUGUUCUGUUGAUUAAUUGGUAUGGGCAGUUCAUUAAUAGGUAUAGGCAAGCUUUUUUCUUUCUUCUUCUUUCUAAUCUAUUCACGGUUGGUCAAGUGUUAGACAGGUGAACAUUUUCUGUUCCUUGACCAAAACUUUUCCUAGCAACAUGUACUCUUUCAUGUUUUACAUUUCUAUGCAACGCAGUUUCUAAGUAGUGCAUGUGACAAUAGGAGCAUGCAGUAUGUAGCAGUGACUAUGGAGUCUAUCAGCCCAGCGUGAAAUACAGGUCACCUACUGCCACAGUUAGCUAUGAUUCUUCCCCACAAAAAUAUUCUUAGAGGCUUUAAUCAAUUUAUAAUCAAUCUAAAAUCAUAAACUCAUAUCUUCAUUAUACACCCCUUUAUAGGGCACAGUAAGCACCAAACUAAAUUUCCCCUUCUUAUCUACAUUUCUCUUUCUUCUGUGUGGAUACCAAAAUCUCCCUGACAUAUAAUACACAGGUCUCCAUGACACCACUACUGCAGGGACUAAACAAGUUUUUACAUGGUGAACAAUGCAAGGGCAUUCAUAUCACAGAAACUGUUUCUGUUUUAACUAUAAAUCUUAAACUAUUAACAAUCAAGUCAAAUAUGAUGUAUCAUUAUUCAUUUGAUUUUUAUACUUUAUAUGUGAAUCUCACAUUUUCUCCUUUACAUUUCUAAUAAAAUCUUGAUGUACUAGGUAGAUGCAAGAUAUAGAUGGAAAGCAUGAUUUAGUGCUGUAAGAGGGCAAGUGUAGAUGAUCAGGUCUGUGCCUAUAGACUAGGUAUUAAUCCAAGACAGACAAGGGCAACAAAACAUCCACGGGUGUAGACAAUUUCUCUCAAAACUGGGGGGGUGAGGUUCUAAGCCUCACCUCUGUUGGCCCCCAUUUUCUCACCUGAUGGCCCCCCCAUGACUGUGCCUGUCUUAGGUUGUUCCUCCCUUGUGGAAUCUUACCCGUCUCUGGCUAACCAGCCAUCUUCCGGGGGCCAUACAGGGAGAUGUAAAGCUGGUGACUGAGAGAGAAGUAAUGUUCUUUGAAAAUGUUAGCUUUUUACUUCUUUGCAGAUUUAUGCCCUGUGGCUUCCCAGCCCUGCACUUGUCUUGAGGUAUCUUUACUUCUUGGAAAAUUAUGGUACUUGGUAAUUUCACAUAUAAGGCAGGAAUUUUAGUAAAUGGCUGUAAUUACGAAGGAAGAAGAAAAGUUGUAGAAGUAGUAAAUAGAAGAAAACAUGAGAAGAUGGAUUAAGUGUCAGACAGGGUUAUUCUAUUCAGUAACCUCUCAUAACUCUAUUUCUCUAAUUUUCCUAUAAAACUCUUCAUCACUAAUUUCACUAGCAUUGCAAACAAGGGGGGCAUUCCCACUUAAGUGGAGAUGGGGUAGUCAAUGUUUGACUAACUAACUGCAGGUUUUGGUAUUCUAUGCCAAGAUAGCCAUCUGGCCCCCGUGUGUUCUAUUCUUCUGGAGCACUGUCCUGAAAAGCUUUGGGGAAGUUUAUGUUCUCCUCCUUUCCGUGCUGCUUAUCAAAGGUUAGCUUAGUCUUUGGCAAAAAUGCAAGCAAAAGCAAAGUCAAUAGUAUAAUGGAGGAUAACAAAAUCAAGGUGGUAAUAGGGGGAGCCAGCUGCUAAGGCCCCUGCUUUGCAGGGGUCUUCCUCCAGCCUGAGCUUUGCUACACAGCUUGAGUAGCAUGGCUCCCACCAGAUAGUGACAGAAGACCUGAUAAUUGACAUCACUGAACAUGUAUGGUUAUAUCUCUAAGGCAGGAAGAAAUGUGAAAGUUGACAAGAUUGUUUAAGUUGCCUUUAUACAAUAAAGAAUAACCAGAUAAAAACACAGUGAAAAGAAUGUUUAUUUUUUCUAAUGGGAUUUUUUCUACUUUAGUUAUCAUUUCAUUAUUCUCUUCAACAAGUGGUCUAUGCCUGACUUAUCAAGACAUACUUGCUAAGAACAUCAGAAUGCCUUA